UUGUUUCUAGGAGAUUUGAAAGGAUACGCGGUAGUCAGAGUAGACAUCGAAGACUGUAACGACAACGCGCCGACGUUUUCGCCGAUCCAUUUCAACAUCAGCCUCAGGACGAUGAACCCUUUCAACGAACCGGUUGUGCGAGUAUUUGCCAAGGAUGCAGACAGUGACAAGCAUGGAGUAGUCUCCUAUGAAAUUACUUCUGGAAAUGAAGAAGAUUCUUUCCGCAUCGAUUCUCGAACAGGAGAAGUUUACGUGCGAAGCAAGCUAUUUCCUACCAUUUACCAACUGAAGAUCCAAGCAAAGGACAGCGGUGGCUUGGUUUCGUCCAUUCUUGCCGAUGUCAUUGUGACGGUUUUGACCGACGAGUUUCCGAACCCAUCUUUCGACCAGCGAAUGUACGAGUUCCACGUCCGGGAGGAUGCCAAGCCCGGGACGUUGGUCGGACGGGUCUCCGUUCAAAGUUCGAACAUACUCACAUAUUCCAUAGCCGAUAGCAGCCCUGAAGAUCUUUUCGUCAUUGACAGAUUCACAGGUACCAUACUGGUCGAACGACCCCUGGACUUCGAAACGGAACAAAUGAUCGUGUUUGGCGUAAAAGCGUCGGUCGAAAACGAACCUGGUUGUAACUACACGCAGGUUGUCAUCAUCGUCGAAGAUGCGAAUGACAACGUUCCCGUUUUCGAAAGCUCUAUCGACACUGUCUGGGUAUCAGAAGACCAAAAUACUUCGGUUCCGUUUUACACCCUGAAAGCACGUGAUCGUGACAGCGGAACAAAUGGCGCCUUGAUCUACGGUAUAUCCGUCAAUCCUGACAACAUGUUCGUCGUUCAGCCUCUGUCCGGGGAGUUACGCAUCACUCGUAGGUUGCACUACGAGCACACGAAUAACUACAGACUGGUGGUUUCUGUGCGCGACAGUGGAGUCCCUCCUCGAUCCGCCGAAAUGGCUCUGAAGGUAUUGGUCCUUGAUGCCAACGACCAUGCUCCCCAUUUCUCACAUACGUCAUAUCAUCUGAGUGUACCUGAAAAUGCCGCUGUCACCAGCCAUGUUUUCCAGUUGAUCGCUUCUGACAAAGAUACAGGAAUUAACGGGAAAAUCUCUUACGGAAUUCAGCAGCAGUCGAACAUCGGCGACGAUGAAGACAUGGCACAUUUUGGGAUUUUCAGCGAUACUGGUUGGGUGUACGUUCGCCGAGCCUUGGAUCGAGAAAAGAGCUCUCAGUUUACUUUCAGAGUAUUUGCUAAGGAUAAUGGUAGACCGUCGCACCUUUCCACGGCUGAAAUUACGGUCACCGUCACAGACGUGAACGACAACGCUCCGCGAUGUGAGGGUGUUCAAAAAUUUUCGGUGACGGAGAACCAAGGUGCAGGAUUUUUGGUAGGCAAAAUUACUGCGUAUGACCCUGAUCAAGGCCUUAAUGGGACAGUGCAUUAUUUUUUGAACGAUUCGAGUUCCGCAUUCAGUGUAAACACUGACGGUGAAAUCUACGUCAGUGGACACCUGGAUCGGGAACGGCAACCUCAGUACGAUUUGGACGUGGUUCUCAUGGAUGGAGGAUCUCCUUCAUUGAAAGGACUGUGCCACAUUCAAGUCGUGGUCGAAGAUGUGAACGACAACAGCCCGGUGUUCGUUCUUCCGCUUCAGAUGAAGGUAUUUCUGCGAGAAGAACAAAACAAGGGCGUGGAAGUUCUACAAGCACAGGCACGAGACUCGGAUUUGGGCGAGAACGGAACAGUGAGGUACGAGAUCCGGUCACCUGCAGACGGACUUCAACUUCCAUUCACGAUUGAUAGCUUGACUGGCAUCGUCACCACGACGAGAGUUGUUGACUACGAAAGUGAUGCAAAGUUCUUUGAAAUAGACAUCGUUGCAAAAGACCUGGGUAAAGCGCCGAAAAGCGCAGUGAAACGCGUCAUCAUCGAAGUAGUGGAUGUCGAUGACGAUGGAGGUGUGCCAGAGAAUGAAACGGUUAUCGACGUAGUAGUGUUUGAGGUAUCGGAAGAGGUAGAAGUCGGAACGAGCAUCGGUCUGAUCGAUCGCGAUCGUUCUUCCACAGUUGACGUGCAAGCGAUGGACGAGCAGACUUUGAGGAAGAUGGUGGAUGUUUUGUACGAUAUCGUAGCCGGCAACAGUUUUGGCCUGUUCGACGUCGAUCGUUUCACCAGUGAACUAUUCGUUGUGAAAAACUUGGAUUACGAACUGUCCGACAGCCACUUUCUGAAAAUCUCGCGGACCAACGCCAGCAGCCGACUGCCAUCGGUUCAGUUCAUCAAUGUUAAAGUGUACGUGGCGGACGAGAAUGACAAUUGGCCAUGGUUUGUGGAUGACCCAGUGAUUUUUUCCAUUCCUGAAAAUGCAAGACUGAGCUCCUCCGUCUGGACGUUCAACGCCACCGACAAGGACGCCGGUAGCUUUGGCCGAGUCGAGUACGACAUCGUUCGUCAAAAUCCCGAGAACGCGUUCCUUAUUGAUCAGACCACCGGUGAACUGAUCCUUGCUGAGGAGUUGGACCACGAGCAGGCACCUAUGCACCUAGUCAUCGUCAGGGCCACUGACCAGGCUCCGAACGUGACCAACCGCAAGAGUGCUACCGUGACCACUAGAAUCUACGUAAUCGAUGUCAACGACAACCAUCCGAGAUUCGAAAGCAACGACUCGUGCGUCUUCUACGAAGGCAGCCUCGGCACCGAGCCGAUCUUGUACGUGGUGGCGAAAGAUGACGACUGGAUGGAUAACGCACGUCUAUCAUAUUCGAUCCAGGUAACCGUAAUGGCAACGGACCAUGGAGAUCCACCUCUGUCGUCUACUCAGACCAUUACCGUUGAGUUCAAACGGGUCAGCGGCCUCGCACCUUUCUUCAAAUAUGCCGUAUUCACCGCCAACGUCACCGAGAAUUGUGCUGUUGGAACUGAAGUUACAACACUGGAGGUUCUUACCACCGGACAAGGCUCCGAUGCUGAGCUGAACUUUACACUCUUUUCAGAAGAUGGGGACCAACGAUUUAUAAUCGAUUCUCACACUGGUUUGGUAAGAACUGCUGAAUCGAUAGACAGGGAAAUGAAAGACAAGUAUACAUUGACAGCAAUCGUCCGUAGCAGCAACUAUCCUGAUUUCUACGACUCUGCCGUGGUUGUGGUUAACGUCGCGGACAUUAACGAUAACGCGCCAAUAUUAAUCCGACAGUUGUGUGAUCCCGUAGUGGAAAUCCGGGAAAACAUUCGUGUCCCCGUCAUCAAGCGGGUGAUCGCCGUCGAUCCGGACCAGGGUGAAAACGGCAAAAUUUUCUACAGCAUUGCUGGUGGAAAUCAGAAUGGUGACUUUCACAUCGAUUCGUCGACGGGUACAUUGUCUUGUCAACCGCUGGACAGAGAACGGCAACAGCUAUACAACCUUACAAUAUUAGCUACCGAUUCCGGUUCGGUCCGCCACAGCGACUCAUGUACUGUGGUGGUGAAAGUUCUGGACGAGAACGAUAACGACCCUGUGUUUGAAAAGAGCAACUACGCUGCGCGGGUGAGGGAGGACGUUACGCUCGGCUCCGUCGUUGUCACUGUAAAGGCGAAGGACGCGGACGAUGGUCUCAAUGCAAAAAUUAUCUACAGUCUCGUAAACGAGACGUCCGGACUCUUUGCAGUGCGACCAAAUACGGGCGAAAUCGUAACUUUGAGGCCGUUGAACUUUGAAGUCAGAGACUCGUACACGUUGAAGAUCAAAGCAGUGAACAUGGGUCUGGGCAGACGACACUCUCAGACGGCAACAGUCACGGUGCAGGUGAUUGACGUGAACGAUAAUUCGCCCGUGUUUCAAGACAGUCAUUCGUUUGUCCAUGUUUCAUCGAAAAUUCUGCCAGGACAGCGAGUUGCGAAAGUGAAAGCUACCGACGCUGACGGCCCCGGUCCAAAUUCGGAAUUGCAUUACAGUCUGUUACGCCAUAGUCCGUUUUUUAACAUAAACCCGGAUACGGGAGUCAUCAGUGCCACCAAAGAAAUAUCGCAAAUGUUUGGAACAGUGGUUCACCUACUGAUCACGGCAAGUGACAAGGGUAUCGCUCCAAGAAACGCCACCUCAGUGAUGACGAUUUUGAUGAGUGAUGAUGAUGAUGAUGACGAACCUAAGGAACAGCUGAUAUUUGAUCACGAACUGUAUGAGGCGAACAUGAGUGAGCACAUGAAAUCGCAGUCUGUCACUGCGACGCUGCGAGCUCAUUCGCAAAGCGGGUCGCAUAUGCAGGUGACCUACCAAAUCGUUGCCGGCAACGGAUCUCAGGCUUUCACUAUCGACCCUAGCCAAGGCUAG